CAAACAAAACAAAACUCGCAACAGAGCAACCACCACAGCAUCUCCGCUUCUUGCUCUGGCUGGAAACGGACGACACGAUCGAUCGAUAGGGGACAGCCCCCCUUCUAGUACGAUACUCACCGACCCGGGUUUCGAUAGCCGAUAGCUUCCUCUGUUUGCCGCAAUGGCAUCGUCCCGGGGCCUCCCUUCCCCGCCGCCGCAGCCGCCGCCGGCCGGGGGCACCCCGCAGUCCCACCGGAUCUACUGGCAGCAGCGGUGGCUCGGCGGAAGAAUCUCUGGCACUUCCCGCGGCAGCAGCAAAAACCUCAUCACCGGUUCCGCCGCCGUCAAGAUCUCCCCGACCGCCCGGGCCCGCGACCUGAACGGGCUGCUGCGGAAGACCCUCCACCUCGGCGAUCCUUCCGGCGACCAAAGCAGCGGCAGCGGCAACGGCGACGCCCUGGUCCUGGUGGGAACCCUGCGGUCGGUCCCGGCCGGCUACGUCCGGUUCGAGCACGAGGAAAAGGACCUCCCGGCGGUGUCGGGGGGCAGCGGGGAGGACUUUCACGUCGUCCGGACCCUGGCCGGGGACGAGGCCUGCCUGUCGGUCCUCUCGGAGAUGGAGGACCACCUGGGGGGCCGGCAGCGCGCGAUGGAAGAGGGAGGGGGGGGCGGCCGGGCGCGGCCGACGAUCGCCCCCCAGACGCGGUGGUACUACGUCCCGAGCCUCUCCGGGCCGGGAGCUGGGGCCGGCAAAGCGGCGGCGAACGCGACGGCGAACGCGCCGGUCAUGUCGAGCUGCCUCGAGCUGGACGGGUACGUGACGUCCCUGGAGUCCGACGACGAUUCCGACGAUUGCGAUUCGAGCGACGACGACAACGACAACGACAACGACGACCACCACCAAGGCUCCGGGGAGCUCUCGGUGGAGCGCGCGGGCUGCGACGAGGACCUCCUGCGGCGGGCCCUGGCUCCGUUCGGGGACGGCGAGCGAGACCAUGGUUCCGGGGGCAGCGGGGGGGCAGCGAAAAACGCCCGGUCCGAGCGGAGGAUCGCGAGGGAGUGGCGCCGGUACCUGCGGAUCUCCCAGGCCCACGCGCACGGGAGCCACGCCACCGUUUCGAGCGACAGGCCGACCGCGGCAGCGAACUCGUCGUCGUCGUCGUCGUCCUCGUCUCCCACCCUGGCCGGGUACCUGCUCAAGCGGUCCGCAAGGGACCCCCACGCCUGGAAGCGCCACUACUGCAUCCUCACGGAGGACGACCUUUGGUGCGUCCCGCGGAUCGUCCGGGACGGCGAACGGGGGGACGCCGGACACGGCCCGCCGGUCCUCCGGACGAUCGAGCUCGCCCGCCGCCACGGCCGGAUCCGCCUGGUGGACGCCCGCCUCCUCCCCGACCGCCGGGCCAGCGGGCACCGGGGCGACGGCUUCGACCUCGUCGACGGGAGGGGGACCACCCACCGGUUCCGCUGCCGGGCCCCCGGGGACGACCAGGCGGACGCGUGGAGGGAGGCCCUCUCCGUACGCUGCCGGGACGCCUUUGCCAACGCGCUGGUCGCCCACGCCGAGCUCAUCCUCACGGAGGAAACCGUCGCCCGGACCGAGCGCUGGAGGGCCUUCGUCGGCGGGGAGGGGGGCCGGGGGGCUGCCUCCGAGGCACGCAGCGGCGGCGGCGGCGUCCCCCGGGGGGCCCUCCUGCACUUUGGCCUGGACGUGGCCGAGUACCGGGAGGGCUGCCGGCAGAUCCAGGCCCUCCUGCUCUCCGCGCCGUCCCUCGCGACGGCCCGGACCCGACGCCUGCUGGGGGAGCUGUGGGCGGACGCUUCGGCGCUGCUGGAAACCGCCAACGGGAUCCUCGACCGGACCCGCCGCAACCACGGGAACCACGGCCCUUCGGCCGCCACCCAGGGCCUCGACACCAUCUGCGACCACGUCGGGUACGUGAUCACCCGGCAGCGGAGGCGGAGGAAGCCCCCCGCUCGGCCGGAAGGCCCUUGGGCUUUGCCCUCGAGCGAGGGGGGGGACGCCCUUGCCUGCCCUUCGGGGGAGUACCCCCACCACCAGAGAGACCCGCCGCCCAUCGAUCUCUUCGAUCACCUCUGGAGCGAGCUGCGGACCCUGGCCUAGGAAUCGCGCACGCCGACCCACCCGCAGCGGCGAGCGCGAGUGCGUGGCGCAUCCUUCCCCGGACCGGCCGUGAAGCACCCGCGUUGGUGUUGGGGGUGUUGGUUCGAUCGGAUCGGAUUCGAUUCGAUUUGAUUUGAUUUGAUUUGAUUCGAUUCGAUUCGAUUCGAUUCGAUUGGAUUGGAUUUCGCGGUAGUAGCAACAAUGCUGGUGGCAUAACAUAUAGAUCCAAACCAAAUAGUCAGAAAAAGGAAGGGAAUAUACUGGUAACAAUCUU